CUGGAGGCGCUGUGUCCCGCUGUGUCCCGCCCGAGCGGGGCUGGAUUACGGCGGGGGCGGGUCCGCGAGCGUGAUGGCGGCUGCGGCAACGGCGGCCGGGGGAGGUGGUGAGCGGAGCAGCACCAGGGAGAGGCUGCUGGCGGCGCUGGAGGAUCUGGAACUCCUGGCCAGGGAACUAAUUGAAAUUUUGGCAAUUUCAAGAAACCAGAAGCUUCCACAACCAGGAGAAGAGAGCCAGAUCCUGGAGCUGCUGAUUCAGAGAGAUGGAGAGUUUCAAGAGCUAAUGAAGUUGGCAGUUGAUCAGGGGAAAAUCCAUCAUGAAAUGCAGCUUUUAGAAAAGGUAGUAGAAAAGAGAGAUAAUGACAUUCAGCAGCUGCAGAAGCAACUGAAAGAAGCAGAGCACAUACUGGCCACAGCGGUUUAUCAAGCAAAGGAAAAACUGAAAUCAAUUGAAAAGGCAAGGAAAGGUGCCAUUUCAUCUGAAGAAAUAAUUAAAUACGCCCACAGGAUCAGUGCUAGUAAUGCUGUUUGUGCCCCUCUGACGUGGGUACCAGGGGAUCCACGCAGGCCAUAUCCUACAGAUCUAGAAAUGAGGAGUGGUCUCUUGGGUCAGAUGAACAACCCAUCCACCAAUGGGGUUAAUGGACACUUACCAGGGGAUGCACUUGCAGCGGGCAGAUUGCCAGAUGUGCUCGCUCCUCAGUAUCCUUGGCAGUCAAGUGAUAUGUCAAUGAACAUGCUACCUCCUAAUCAUAGUAAUGACUUCAUGUUGGAGCCUCCGGGACACAACAAAGAGAAUGAAGAUGAUGUAGAAGUGAUGUCAACAGACUCCUCAAGCAGCAGCAGCGACUCAGACUAGGUACAGGAGGGACAGUAUCCCUAGUAGACCUUUCCUGUGGUGAAGGUAGGUUGGAUGCUGUUAUUCAAAGUCCCUUUUAUUUAUGCUGGCAGCCCCAUGCAGGGAGAAGAUACAGCAAGCUCAAAGAGUGGCUAAUUUCAAACCAUGAACUUAAAAUUUAUAUAUCUUUUCCCAUUAGAUGUUCAACUAAAAUGACUGGGAGCUUUCUGCUGGAUGAGGGAUGUCAGAUUUCCAGUGCUGAUGUAAAUGUGUAUGUUUGCAAGAGAUGCGUGCGUUUGUAUAUAUAUUUACUAUACAUAUUAGAGGACAACGUUCCUGGGACAAAAGGUGUAAGGGGAAUCCCCUCCUAUGUUUGCUAGUAACUUGACUCUUUUGAAGAUGGCCUUUUCUAUGGCACAGAAACAAGGCAUAACAUUUGUAAUUUUAAUACCUUUUUUGUUACUGCUGAAAUGCACGUUGUUAAUCACAUAGUGUGUUCUGAGAACAAAACCAUGGCAAUAAGGUGUUUAAAAAAUGUUUGUAAUUACUGUAAUAUACAAUAAACUCACCUUUGAUGUAA